GUUUUAACUAACCAGUUUCUCUUCCUUUCUAGGUAUCUAGUAGAUAGUCGCUGGUUCAAACAGUGGAAAAAAUAUGUUGGCUUUGACAGUUGGGAUAAAUACCAGAUGGGAGAUCAAAAUGUCUAUCCCGGACCCAUCGAUAACUCUGGACUUCUCAAAGAUGGCGAUGCCCAGUCACUUAAGGAGCACCUUAUUGAUGAGUUGGAUUAUAUACUGUUGCCAACUGAGGGCUGGAAUAAACUCGUCAGCUGGUACACGCUGAUGGAAGGCCAAGAGCCAAUAGCAAGAAAGGUGGUAGAGCAGGGUAUGUUUGUGAAGCACUGCAAAGUAGAAGUCUAUCUCACAGAAUUGAAGCUCUGUGAAAAUGGAAACAUGAACAACGUGGUAACUCGGAGAUUUAGCAAAGCGGACACAAUAGAUACAAUUGAAAAGGAAAUAAGAAAAAUCUUCAAUAUUCCAGAUGAAAAGGAGACUAGAUUGUGGAACAAGUAUAUGAGUAAUACAUUUGAGCCGCUGAAUAAACCAGAUAGCACCAUUCAGGAUGCUGGCUUAUAUCAAGGACAGGUGUUAGUGAUAGAACAAAAAAAUGAAGACGGGACGUGGCCAAGGGGUCCUUCUGCUCCUAAGUCCCCAGGUGCAUCCAAUUUUUCAGCUUUACCAAAGAUCUCUCCUUCAUCUCUGUCAAAUAAUUAUAACAACAUCAACAGCAGAAAUGUGAAAAACUCAAAUUACUGUCUCCCAUCAUACACUGCUUAUAAGAACUAUGAUUAUUCAGAACCUGGAAGAAACAAUGAACAGCCUGGCCUCUGUGGCUUAAGUAACUUGGGAAAUACGUGUUUCAUGAACUCAGCUAUUCAGUGUUUGAGCAACACACCUCCACUUACUGAGUAUUUCCUCAAUGAUAAGUACCAAGAAGAACUGAACUUUGACAAUCCCUUAGGAAUGAGAGGGGAAAUAGCUAAGUCGUAUGCUGAACUGAUCAAGCAGAUGUGGUCUGGAAAGUUUAGCUACGUCACUCCUAGAGCAUUUAAGACACAGGUAGGACGUUUUGCACCUCAGUUCUCUGGAUAUCAACAGCAAGACUGCCAAGAACUGUUAGCUUUUCUGUUAGAUGGACUCCAUGAGGAUUUGAAUAGAAUUAGGAAGAAACCAUAUAUUCAGUUAAAAGAUGCCGAUGGCAGGCCAGACAAGGUGGUUGCUGAGGAAGCCUGGGAAAACCACUUGAAAAGAAACGAUUCUAUCAUAGUAGAUAUAUUCCAUGGCCUUUUCAAAUCUACUCUAGUGUGUCCUGAGUGUGCUAAGAUCUCGGUGACCUUUGACCCUUUUUGUUACUUGACACUUCCAUUGCCCAUGAAAAAGGAGCGGAGCCUGGAAGUUUACUUAGUGAGGACGGAUCCACUUGUGAGGCCUAUGCAAUACAAAGUUAUUGUGCCCAAAAUUGGAAAUAUACUAGAUCUUUGUACAGCAUUGUCGGCUCUAUCGGGAGUGCCUGCAGAGAAGAUGAUAGUCACUGACAUAUACAAUCAUAGAUUUCACAGGAUAUUUGCCAUGGAUGAAAACCUCAGUAGUAUUAUGGAGCGGGAUGACAUUUACGUGUUUGAAAUUAACAUCAACAGGACAGAAGACACGGAACAUGUGGUUAUUCCUGUUUGCCUAAGAGAAAAAUUCAGACACUCAAGUUACACCCACCAUACUGGCUCUUCACUGUUCGGUCAGCCUUUUCUUAUGGCUGUACCACGAAACAAUACUGAAGAUAAACUCUAUAAUCUCCUACUCUUGAGAAUGUGCCGGUAUGUCAAAAUGUCUACUGAAACCGAGGAAACUGAUGGGCCCCUGCGUUGCUGUGAGGACCAGAAUAUUAAUGGGAACGGCCCAAACGGCAUACAUGAAGAAGGCUCACCAAGUGAGAUGGAGACAGAUGAACCCGACGACGAGUCCAGUCAGGACCAAGAGCUUCCUUCAGAGAAUGAGAACAGUCAGUCUGAAGAUUCGGUUGGAGGAGAUAAUGACUCUGAAAACGGAUUGUGCACUGAAGAAACUUGCAAAGGCCAACUCACGGGACACAAAAAGCGACUGUUUACAUUCCAGUUCAUCAAUUUAGGCAAUACUGAUAUCAACUACAUCAAAGAUGACACCAGGCAGAUAAGAUUUGACGAUAGGCAGCUUCGGCUCGAUGAAAGGUCUUUCCUGGCUUUGGACUGGGAUCCUGAUUUGAAAAGGAGGUACUUCGAUGAGAAUGCCGCUGAGGAUUUUGAAAAACAUGAAAGUGUGGAAUAUAAACCUCCAAAAAAACCCUUUGUGAAAUUGAAAGACUGCAUUGAGCUUUUUACAACAAAAGAAAAACUCGGUGCUGAAGACCCCUGGUAUUGUCCAAAUUGUAAAGAACAUCAGCAAGCCACAAAGAAAUUAGAUUUAUGGUCCCUGCCUCCAGUACUUGUGGUGCAUCUCAAGCGGUUUUCUUAUAGUCGAUACAUGAGAGACAAGUUAGAUACUUUAGUUGAUUUUCCCAUCAAUGACUUGGAUAUGUCAGAAUUCCUAAUUAAUCCAAACGCAGGCCCUUGCCGCUAUAAUUUGAUUGCUGUUUCCAACCACUAUGGAGGGAUGGGAGGUGGUCAUUAUACUGCUUUUGCAAAAAAUAAAGAUGAUGGAAAAUGGUACUAUUUCGAUGACAGCAGUGUCUCCACUGCAUCCGAAGAACAAAUUGUGUCCAAAGCAGCGUACGUCCUCUUCUACCAGAGACAGGACACUUUCCGUGGGACGGGCUUCUUCCCUCUGGACCGAGAGACGAAAGGUGCUUCAGCCGCCACGGGCGUCCCCCUGGAAAGUGACGACGAAGACGACAGCAAUGACAAUGACAAUGACCUAGAGAAUGAAAACUGUAUGCACACUAACUAACGCCAGCCCAGGAGCCAUAGAGAGACCUUCCUGCUGGUGGUGGCCAUGGCAGUGGAUUCUCCACCACAUUAAAGCCCACGUCUGAGAUGAGGAGUCUCAGAUAACCGAAUGUAAAUCCUUGAUCAGAUUUUAACUUGUGCAGUACUUGAAGUGAAACACAAUGAAAACUUUAACAGAAAUUGUCUCUUAAUACAUUUACAGUCUUGUAUUUACAAGCUAAAUAUAUAUAGGAAAUCACAAAUAAAUCCCUUUUAAGUUUG